AAAUAUCUGUUGCACAGCUCGAGAGAAGCUGGCAACCCAUUCAAUUUGUGCUACUUUGGGACAUAUGCCGGGAUCACACUGCGCAAAGGAUAUUCAGAAGAAUAUCAACAGUUCCACCUCUGCUGCUCUAAACUCCACCUCUCCUGUCACCACCUUCACUGAACUCCAGCCCCUGAUGGCGCACUCUGACCUGCCGUCUGAGCAUGACAACUCCCAGGAGGACAGGAAGGACCCCAAGCAGCCAGGACGCACAACCCCGCAAAGGACCAGGGCCUGCUUCCUCAAGGGAGUCUCCUACUUCUCUGGAGACAUGGAGGUGUUUGGAAAAUGGAUGGAGAAGCAGUUUUUCUUGCUGCAGUUGCUGGACUGGGUUUUGCGUGGAGCUGCUCAGGUGAUGUUUGUCAACAAUCCUCUAAGUGGCCUCAUCAUUUUUGCUGGCCUCAUCCUGCAGAACUACUGGUGGGCUCUCAACGGCUUUGUGGGAACACUCUUUGCCACCAUUUCUGCCCUUAUUCUGCAACAGAACAGGGGUGCAAUAGCUGCAGGGCUGUAUGGUUACAAUGGCAUCCUGGUAGGUCUGCUGAUGGCUGUGUUCUCCAAGGAGGGAGACUGGUACUGGUGGCUCCUGCUACCCAACAUCUUCAUGUCCAUGAUGUGCCCAGUUGUGUCCAGUGCCCUGGCAUCAAUUAACAGUCGCUGGGAUCUGCCAGUGUUCACCCUGCCCUUCAACAUCCUGGUCUGUCUUCACAUGGUCGCCACCGGCCACUACAACCACCACUUCCCCCAAGUCCUCAUACAGCCUCGCUCAGAGCUGCCCAACAUCACCUGGGCUGAACUCGAUGUAGCCAAGCUGUUCAUGGCAGUGCCUGUAGGAAUUGGGCAGGUCUACGGCUGUGACAACCCUUGGACAGGAGGGAUCUUCAUCAUCUCACUCUUCAUCUCCUCCCCUAUCACCUGCGUUCAUGCCGUCCUUGGAUCUGCCGUGGGCAUGGUUUCUGGACUGGCCCUGGCUGCUCCUUUUGGAGACAUUUACUUUGGCCUCUGGGGAUACAACUGUGUCUUAGCCUGCAUUGCCAUCGGAGGAAUGUUUUACGCUCUCACCUGGCAGGUGCACCUGCUUGCCAUCACUUGUGCUUUUUUCUGUGCAUACCUCAGCUCAGCCAUUGCCAAUAUCAUGUCCACGUUUGGUCUACCUGCCUGCACCUGGCCUUUCUGCCUCUCAGCCCUCACUUUCCUCCUCUUAACCACGGAGACCAAUAAGAUUUUCAAGCUGCCUCUGGCCAAAGUCACCUACCCCGAGAAAAACCUCAGCUUCUUCUGGAAGCUGAAGAAGCAGGAGAGAACGGAGAAGGCUGAGAAAGCGAGGAAAGAGAGGGAGGAGCAGCAGAAAUCCAUUGAAGAUGAACUGAUAAUGAACGAGAAAGAGAAACUGAGGCUGGAUUUGGAAAGAAUUGAGCAAGGGAGGGUCACAAGUGAGGCAUCAGAGAGUAAAAAUGAUGAGACACAUGUCAAAGACCAUGCACAACUGGGAACAGAAGGAGAAAUCAGAUCCAAUGAUGCAACCGGGGUAACUAUUGCUGAUUAUGUUUAACAGCUGCAUUUCUGCAGAUACACAGAGAGAUGAUAUGCUAAUUGAACUUCAGAACAUUUUUAUAAUUUACUAUAAACUUAAACUCACUGGUAAUUCUUUCUGAGUCCAGCUAUUUUACUGGAUGAUUUGAUGAUGACAUGUUGAACUGCAUAGUUCUGUAAAACUCUGUUUGUAAAUUAAAUGUAUAUUUUUUUAAUAAAAUUAUUUUCUAUAUUCA